AUGUCGAAGCACCAACAAUUCGCGAAAAAUGUGGUGGAUAUGAUAAGAAAAAGGAUGGCAGUCUCGUGGGAGAUAGAGACUACUUAUAAAGAUAUCUGGAAGAUGCAUCUUUUUGACAGUGGUUUCGGGAGUGGCGAGCUCGGCCCUGUUUUUGAUGAAGCUCCUCUUUCCUCAUUUGUUCCUAUUUCCUCCAUUCCUCUGCCAACCGUAAGUAUUUCUUUACUAGUUUUGACGACUUCCGUUCUUUUGCCAGUUUCUACUGCUCCUAUAUCCGUUCCCUUGGUUGUUUCUACCACACCUGCUUCCGCUCCUGCGUUGGUUUCUACAUCUUUUCCUUCCAUUCCUUCCAUUGCUCCUCUUCCCUCUGUUCAUCAUACAGAGACAGGUUCUAGCACUGGAAGUAUGACUAUGAGAAAUGUUACUUUGGAGGUUCCUGCCAAUCAUAGCCUCUUGAGGAAGACCGGCAGAGCCGAUGUUUGGCUCGAACCUCUAAUUGGAGAUAUCGAGAAGAAGAAGAUGGAGAGCCAUAGCUGCUUAACACUGAUGAAUGACGUAGUGCAUUCUACUUUGAAGGCUAACCUUAUUGGCACGGAAUUAAUGGGAAGAAUUUUCCUACUGGAAAGAAAAGCUCGUGAGUCUGAAAAGACUGUCCACGAGGCCGAAGAAAUAGCUAGGGGAGCCCAGCUUGAAGCAACCAAUUGGAAGGAGCAGUUCGAGAAUGCUCAAGGGACCAUAGAGGAGUUGCAAGAAGAUAAAAAUCUCCUGGAGCAGCAAAACCGUGGUUUAACUUCUGAACUGGCAACUGUCAAAGCCUCUUCAAGCCAAUUGAAAAGAGACAAAGAGCUUUUGGAAUGCUCUUUGUCAGAACAAUUAUCCAGGGCUAGUGAAGAAGUUAGAGAGCUGAAGGCACUUUUGGCUAGGAAGGAAGAAUAUGCAGGAGAGUUAGUGCAAAGCUUGACUCAAGCUCAGGCUGACUUACAGACUUCUUCUGACGAGAUUCAUGCCUUGAAGAGUUCUCAUGCUUCUCUUGAAGCUUCCCUUGAUUCCCAUUUAGCUGAAUAUCAAAUCUUAAAAAACGAUCUUGCUAUGUGGAAAAAGGAAUAUGGACUUCUAGAGGAAAAUUUUAACAUAGAGGUGAGUUGGGCUUUCCUGAAAUCUCGUCGUGAUGCUUUGACGGAAGCUGCUCAAGAAGGUUUUGACUUGCAGUUUGAACUGGCCAAAGUUGUAGAUACCAUCGAGAAAAGCCAACAGUCUAUUGAUACUCCUUCUCCUGCACUUGAAGUUCCUGGAACAGAAGAACUUUUAAAUGAAGAAGUGAAUACUGCAGCAAUUGGGAUUACAAUUCCUGCUUCAGCUGAAAAUGUUGCAAUCCCAGCUUCAGAGGGUGAAACUUCUAUGACUCAGUUUGUGGAAGUUGAAGCUUCCGUGACUCUUGCUUCCCUCAUUGAUCCUAACAUUUCAAGCUCAGCUGAAACCGUUCCUGUUGUUGCUUCUUCAGAAGUUGCCACCUUGUUUGUGGCUGAAACUACGAGCUCGGAGGUAGAGACAUUAAAGCUAUAUCCACCGAAUCGUGCCUUUAAACUUCUGUCAUCAUCUCGUGAUUCUUGUCUGUUCCGAUCAUUCCUGAACUUUGAAGAAGAGCCAGAAUCCCGAUUGCUCUUGUUGAUCAGUACGAGAUUCAGUAACAGGAGUGCCUUCACGAGGUUGACGUGGUGA